CGAGCUCUGCGGACACCUGGGCUAUUCCUGUUCCAGGCACAAAGAUGCUCCUGGCACUGGGGCUCCUCUUUGCUGCCCUGUCCUUGGGAAGAUGCAUCCCCCUGCAGCAGGGGCCCAGCCGCAGCAAACUCCUCCUGGUGUCCUUCGAUGGCUUUCGCUGGAACUACGACCAGGACGUGGACACCCCCAACCUGGACACGAUGGCUGCGGACGGGGUGAAGGCCAAGUACAUGACUCCUGCCUUCGUCACCCUCACCAGCCCCUGCCACUUCACGCUGCUGACCGGGCGGUACCUGGAGAACCACGGGGUGAUCCAUAACAUGUGGUUCGACACCAAAACAGGGGUCAGACUGCCCUACUACACCACACAAGGCAUAAGCAGCUGGUGGGACAACGGCAGCCUCCCCAUCUGGAUCACUGCCCAGAGACAGGGUUUGAAGACAGGCUCUAUCCACUUCCCCGGAACCAAAGCGAAAUACCAAAAGGAAGAAGUGUACAAGAAGUUGGUGGAACCCCCGUUGUUCAACUACAGCAACGAAGCCAACUGGAGGCAGAGCAUCAACACCGCCAUGGAAUGGUUCACAGCGGAGAACCUCGACUUCAUCACGCUCUACUUUGGGGAGCCGGACUCCACUGGACACAAGUUUGGCCCUGAAUCCACGCAGAGGAAAAACAUGAUCAAGCAGGUGGACAGAACCAUCGGGUACUUGAGGCAGCGCAUCCGGGAAAGCGGCCUGGAAUCCAACCUCAACCUCAUCAUCACAUCUGACCACGGCAUGGAGACCGUCAUAAAAACCAACGAGAUUCACAUCCGGACCUUCAGCAACUUCACAUUCAAAGACCUCGACUUUGAACUCUUAGAUUAUGGACCAAAUGGACUCCUGGUGCCAAAAGAGGGGAAACUGGAGCACGUGUACUCAGUCCUGAAAAAUGCCCACCCAAAACUGCACGUUUACAAGAAGGAAGAGUUUCCAAAGAGAUUCCACUACGCCAACCAUUCCCGGAUCACCCCUCUCCUGUUGUACAGCGAUCCAGGCUAUGUGAUCCAUGGGAGGUACAAGGUCCAGUUCAAUAAAGGGGAACACGGCUUCGACAACCAGGCCAUGAACAUGAAAACCAUCUUCCGUGCCGUGGGACCCUCCUUCAAGAAGGGGCUGGUGGUGGAGCCCUUUGAUAGCGUCAACGUCUACGCCCUCCUCUGCGAGCUGCUGGGCAUCACCCCCGAGCCUCACGACGGCUCUCUGGAGGUCACCAAGCCCAUGCUGCGUGAAUCCACGGGCAACGAGGGCAACGGUUCGGGUCCUUCUCCGCGCCCCGCCUCGAAGCUGCCGCUGAUGCUGGGACUCGCUCUCGUCCUGGGAUGCUGGGGAGGAGUUUUCUAACCCCCACCAGCCAGGUCUGGACCAUGACAUGAGCAAGCACAAGGGUGAACCCUUCGCUGAUCGAGGCUCUGCACAUGCCAGAACAGAGUUUGUCACUUGCCUUCACAGUGCAAAUUUGUCCAGAGAACCACCAGAACAAGCAGCUCCUGAUCCAAUUCCCUGGCACUUCCAGCAUGAUGCACCUCCAGCCGAUACCUACAGGCUGCAGACACCUGAAACGAGCACCAGCAGCGCCGUGCUCUCCUGUCCUGGCAGACCCCAAGCUCCAGGCAGCUCUACCAGAACACAUGGCAAGAUGGGGAAGGAUGUGGGUCACAAAGACAACCAGUCCCAGGCUCAGGGAAUUGGGCAAAAUUCCCAAAACCUCUCUAAAUUACUGACCCACGCUCCUCCAACAUGACUGAGUCCCUGGGGGAGAGGCCUCUCCCAGGCUGUGGGGUGACACCAGCUCCACUGCUGUGGAAGGUGGCACUGAUGUCCAGCCUGACACGGUCACCCCGUGUCUGCAUCACCCCAAAUGCAGGAGGCAGAACAGCUCUAUGGUGGGUUUGGAGCAGAGACAGUAGAUCUGUACCGAGUACCUAACCCAAUUAAAACCUUGUUCUGAGCGA